UACCAGAAAAUAUUCCUUAUUUAAAAAUUUAUACUGUCGGGCAUCAGGUUCCUGAUGAUGACACUAUUUUUAAAUUCAAAAAUGCUGUUAAUGGGUUUUUGAAAGAAAAUAAAGAUAAUGACAGACUUAUUGGUGUCCACUGUACCCAUGGUUUAAACAGGACUGGCUACCUCAUCUGCAGGUAUUUGAUUGAUGUAGAAGGCAUGAGGCCAGAUGAUGCAAUUGAAUUAUUCAAUAGAUGCCGUGGACAUUGCUUAGAAAGGCAAAACUACAUUGAAGACCUUCGGAAUGGUCCCAUCAGAAAUUUGAGGAAUUGGGAUUCCAGUGUAUCUAGAACAAGAGGUUUUGAAGAUUCAACACAUAUGAUGGAGCCAGUUUUCACAGCUACUAAGUCUUUUAACCGAAGACCUAAGCAUAACAUACAUCAGACCCAAGGUUACCCAGAACCUCGGCAUUUCCAUACCUGGACUCAAGAUUUACAGCAGUCAGAAAGAAAAUUUUCACGGAAUCAGAACAUUUACCAGAGAUGCCAUGUCCCUCCUCCUGGUCCCCCUGGAGAGGACUAUUUCCAGAGGAGAUACUCUUGGAAUGUAAAGCCAAAUGCCAGUCAAGGAGGCCCGAACCAAAGGUUUUCUCCUGGCAGUUACUACAGAGUACCCUAUUCAGCCUAUUAUAGAUGGGCCAAGUGACACAAGCCUACCCUGGAAAUCUGUCUGGAGACAGAGCAGGACUGAAAUCAGCAAGUGACUUUUUGUAAGAUCAGGUCAAAUGAAGUUUAUAAUCUAUUUUAUUGCUGCCUUAUAUGUUCAAGCUUAAGGAAAAAUUAUAUUGAUACUUACUACUGCUGACAAAUUUGCAGUAUUUACAGCAGUGAAGGAAAUAAUCUGUCAUUCCACUCAAAUUUUUUUUAAAGGAAGAUGAUAUUUUAGAACUGAUAAAAGUAAUAAAGAAUAUCCCUUGUAAAUUAA